CCUCCUGGGUUUUGAUUUCUGAAGCUCCCACCAUUCAAAGAAUCUGAUUCUCCCCUCUUUCUCUUUCUCUUCCUCUUUCUCCUUCAACUCUGCUCUUCUAUAAACCUGCAUAUCUAUUAUUUUUCUGGUGUUAUUGCACAAAAAUCACAAAGAUAAAGAAAUGGGUUCAUUUGAAGCUUCAGAAGAAACAGUCAAAUUUCUAUGUGACAGGCUUGUGGAUCAAACUCAGCCCAUUUCUGAGCGUUUCAGGUCUCUUUUCUCUCUCCGCAACCUUAAAGGCCAACUCCCUCGCGAUGCACUUAUUCAGGCUACAAGAGACCCUUCAAAUUUGUUGGCUCAUGAGGCAGCAUUUGCAUUGGGCCAAAUGCAAGAUGCGGAUGCUAUCCCUGCUUUAGAAUCCAUUCUCAACGACUUCUCUUUACAUCCAAUUGUUCGUCAUGAGGCUGCUGAGGCUCUCGGAGCUAUAGGCCUAGAGAUGAAUGUUCCUCUCUUAAAAACAAGCUUGGUCUCUGAUCCAGCUCCAGAGGUCAGAGAAACAUGUGAACUAGCUCUGCGUAAAAUCGAGGAAAUGAAAAAUAAUGAAUCUGAUGAUAGAGGUCCAUCUCCAUAUUUGUCAGUUGACCCAGCUGCCCCAGCCUCUUGCUCUUCUAUAUCGGAACUAAGGGAUCUACUAUUGGAUGAAGGAAAGGGCAUGUACGAGCGAUAUGCCGCUUUAUUUGCUCUACGCAAUGAUGGGGGAGAUGAGGCUAUUUCUGCUAUUGUUGAUUCCUUGGGAGCUAAAAGUGCUCUGUUGCGCCAUGAGGUCGCGUAUGUGCUUGGCCAAAUGCAAAAUAAAGUUGCAUCAAAUGCUCUUAUUACGGUUCUCAAAGAUGUUGCUGAGCACCCAAUGGUUAGACAUGAAGCUGCCGAAGCUCUUGGCUCCAUUGCAGAUGAAAGAAGCAUAUCACUUCUCGAGAAAUUCUCCAAGGAUCCCGAGCCUAUAGUCUCGCAGAGUUGUGAGGUUGCUCUCAGCAUGCUUGAGUUUGAAAAAUCAGGCAAAUCUUUUGAGUAUUUCUUCAUGCAAAAUCCAGUUGCUGAGGAAGUUGCUUAAUCAUUUUGAGGCCAAACUUCUAUUUCAGAAGCAUUUUUGUUUAUCUCUCAUUGAGGUUUAUCAUAUUAUCUUUGGUCUGUAAAAUGUAGAAUACUAAUUUAUGUGUAAGCUAGGAUUCUUGUGAAUCUUACAGAUUUUGGUUCUGUGUUUUUGGCAUUGUUGGGUGGAUUGAUAAACUAACAGAAAAGAUGUUGUGAAAUUUGCGCAACGAAGGAAUACAACAAAAAUUGCUUCUUUA